UUUCAAUACACCGUUAUAUUGGCAAAAAGAUAUUUUCAGCGAAAUGCAUAUUCUGUCGAAGGUCAUUCGAACAUUAGUGUAAGUAGGUAUAUAAACGGGGGGUGCAAAAAGAACCGUAUCAGUUUGGUCCUGUAUCUUAAUCUCAACAGCUCAACAUGAACGCAAUGAUUGCUCUCACUUUUGCCGCUAUGGUAGCAACCGCUUCCGCAUCCCACCUUGGUCUAGGUUGGGGAUUGGGACAUGCCGGUAUCGUCAACCCACACGCCCUCAGCCCAAUUGGACCCUCUGGAAUCGUCACUGGAGCCGGCGCAGCUGGUCCCUCUGGAGUCGUAACUGGAGCUGGAGCUGUAGGACCCGCUGGAGUAGUCAACGGACAUGGAGCUGUAGGACCAACUGGUCCCAACGGACAUGGUGCUAUCCUUGCUGGUCCCGGAGCUUUAGGUUUGGGAUUGGGUGUUGCUGGUCAUGCUCUUAGCCCAGUAGGUCCUUCUGGAAUCGUCACCGGUGCUGGAGCAGCUGGUCCCUCUGGAGUCGUAACUGGAGCUGGCGCUGUAGGACCCGCUGGAGUAGUCAACGGACACGGAGCCGUAGGACCAACUGGUCCCAAUGGACACGGUGCUAUCCUUGCCCCUGCUGCCUUAGGUUUGGGAUUGGGAUUGGGACAUGCCGGUUUAGGUCUUGGACUUGGCGGAUGGGGACAUGGAGCUGGACAUUUGGGUCUUCAUGGUUGAUAACAAAUAGCAUUUCCUAGGAAAUAAACUUUUAUUGAUUUUUGCAAUGAACUGAGAUUAUUUAUAUUAAAAAAUAAAAAAAUAAAUGCUGUAUAUAAAGAUA